AUCAAAAGAACAAGAACACUUGGACUAGGACAGAUGAGUGUCAGUACAUGAAACAAAUCACAGCAUACUUGCGUAGCAGAAGCUAGAUUGUGCUUUUACUUUCUAUAGUCUAUACAUAACCUUAGGGAUUCCCAAAUGUCAAAACUCAAAAUAAUCAACUGUAUUUGUUCCUAUAUCAACAAUUCAGACUUUCAGAGUGGAAAGAAGAAAUGGCAGCAUAACAAGUACCCAUGUCAAUUGCAACAGACAGAAGUCCGCGUACCUAUUAUUUUGCCAUUGGCAGAUAAUCUAGUAAGGUUCAUCAUGCAACCUGCAGGCAAGGCAUUUCAAAAUUGUAAAAUUGUAAUAGAUAUCAAAAUAUUCAUGUGAUGUUAUGACAAGCAGUGAAAGCUAAUUUGCAUAGCCCACCCCCAUCAACCCUUAAUCCUUGUCUCUUCAAAUGCAGCAGAUGGCAAAUAAAACAGGUUUUCAAUUCCAUAAUCUUCAUCUAACCUCGAAACCAGAGCUCAAAGAGCUACCUCACCAGCAUGUUGCUCAUAUUAGUUAAAUUUUGAUCCUUCACCCCUACGAAAUCUUACUUUAUAUCUAAAAGGCAUGGAACUAUUUCACCAUUCCAUCUCUACUAGCAACUAAGAGCUCAGUAAGUUAUGCUUUUUGCACCAUACAGUCAGAAACUGGGAUUAUCUUUGGUCUCAAAUUGUAUAGACAGCAAACUUAAAACCUUCAUCCAAAUCAGAUACUUUCUUUCAAGGUUCUGUUUCUCUUCUUAUGUAAUGGCUUCAACACAUGUAAGCGGCAGCAGUGCUGAAUACAUCACUUAUGAACUGUCCUUUUAACUAAAAAUCUGUUCUUUUGUUUCAUAACUAGCACAUAACUUGGAAAGAUCAAAGGUUUACUAAGGAAAGGACCACAUGUCAGUCAGAUUCUCUGCUUGUGAGGCUUUAUAAUACUAGCAAUGACGAGUUGGGGGCACUUAAACAUGCUAAAAUAUAAGCUAAAAGAUAUCAACCAGUAAAGUCUACUCAAAAGA